AUGAAGCUAAACUUCUUUAGGUACUGGGGCCAAACGCGCCCAAAACCAAAAGAGACAAACACCGGAAUUCCUUCUUCUCCAUCAACAACAUCGGGAUUCUCGAUUCUCGACAUUGCUGACCUGGUUCGUUUCCAUUCAAGAUGGCCCCCCCUUACUAGGUCUGCUGCGUCUACAGGCCCAACUCGCCGCUCUCAGGCUCCACCCAAGGAACCUGAAAUUGUCAACAUUGACGAGGACGAAGGCGAAGAUGAAGACCUCAUGGAUGAAGAGGAAGAAAUAUACGACGACGAAGAUCAAGAAGAGGGCGGCUACGACGACGAAGAGCAGGAGAUGGACGAGACAUUGGACGAUGUCAAUGGCGACGGUGUCUCGGAGUCAGGAUCCGCUUUCCGUGCGUCGGAGCGCAGUUUGAAAUCCACGGGCAACUUCUCCAGCAGAGCUCAAGAAUCCCCUAGGCUAUUCACAGCUUCGGGUGCGCAAGAAGUACUCCAGCCCCUUCGCCGGACUGCCGACCGUGUCACGCGCCAGAUUGAGGCAUUCGCCGAGAAGCUCGAGCAAUUCAAACGCAAAAAUGCCACCGACGAGUUCCACAGCAUUCAAGCCGCCUACAAACUAGUCGAGAGCUACCGGGACCUAGCGCAAAAGGCAAUUCAAGACAUUAACAAAGAGGCCACCCUUAGGCGAGCGAAGGCGGGUUUCCGAUCAAGUGGAGUGCAGGAUGGGAAAGCAGACGAGGAAGUGCGGCGCCUGCAGCUUGAGGUCGACACCUGGCGCCUCCUCCUUAACCUCAUCAGCAUCGACGACCCUGCCAGCCGAGCUAGUUUCAAAGAAGGACGCCAAUCGGCCUUCCAAAAUCUUCAUCGGUACUCAACAGAUCGCGAAAUCUGGGAGGAAUUCUUAUCCGCGGAUCACUAUGCGCUCGAGUGCGUCAUCGCGAUGCGAUGGUUGGAGGAGACGUCAAAGACCGGCAAUCAAGAUCUGGAAAGUCUGAUCUUGGAUAUGGAGUCGCAGGCUGAACGAGGCCAAGGGCUGUGGGCACACGGAUGGCUAUUCACAAAAGAAGCGAUCAAGGGCCACAAGCGGCUACGCGCCUGGCCGCAGCCUCUGGAGUCCAAUGACCCCAGCAUCACACGCUCUCUCCUCAGCAACGACGAGCAACGACCUUUGAUCACACAACUAGAUCCCGAUGCGCUUACCCGGCAGAAACGUGGCCUUCAGGGACAGGACGAGUUCUACGAGCGUGCCACUUGGAUGGCUUGCUGGAAGAUGCUCCGCCAAGGUGAGAACUGGACCACAAUCCGCGAGUGGGCUUCCAACCGUCUUGAAAGCUGGCGUGCUGUGAGUCUAUGUGGAUCUAGCGUGCACACUGAGACGAAGAACUCCAAAACCAGAACCCCCGUUGACGACGGGAUGACACGCUUGAUGAACAGCCGAUCCCACGACUCUUGGCGCACUGCUUGUGCUGCCCUGGCACACAGCCCGAAUACCGAUGAUUUCCAACGGGCCGUCUAUGCCCUUCUUUGUGGCGAGAGUGAGCCGGCCGCGAAGGUCUGUCGCAGCUGGGAUGACUACCUUUACGUUUACUUCAAUCGCGUUGUGCUCUCGCGCUACCAAGGAUUCUGCAAGCAAUUCCAGCGCAAGUUGAGCCAUUCUGCUACCACCCCGGUUGUAUUCCAGCCUGAGCCAGCCGGACAUGCAGACCUUCAGAAGUUCUUCCAGUAUCUGCGGGGCAAUGAACAGGUUGGGGGCGAGGCUCGCAACCCUUUCCGCAAUAUUCAAGCCGCGAUCCUGAGCAAGGGUUACGAUUCUUUCUUCUCACUUAUUGCUCAGGCUAUCUGUCAGGUUAGCGCCAAACACCCGGAGAAAGCUUCUAUCAUUCCUCCUAUGGUACGUUCGCAAGUCGACGAGGCGUAUCUCAUUGCCGCGGCCGAUGAGGAAUCCUUGAAGAUUGCAACUCACCUUUAUCUUAUUGUCAAUUCAAUUGGCUAUGCCCGAGCGGAUACCCAGUUUAUGGAGACAGCAUCGGUCCUUGUAGCUGGCUACAUUACCAAUUUGGAAGGCAGGGGCUUAUACGACUUGAUUCCUCUGUACGCAUCCGUUCUGCCUCAAGAGAUGUCACACAACGUCAUUUCGAAAAUCUUGAUCGAGAUCACUGAGCCCCGCGAGAGAAAACAGCAAAUCCGACUCUUGCAGAAGCACGGUGUGGAUAUCAGCGCUGUUCUUGAUGCUCAAUGGAGGUGGCUCAGCACCGGGGUUUCCCAGAUCGACACUUCAGGGAAGGUCAUUGGAUACCCGCGCGUGGUCAGGCGCGAGAAUGGCGUGCGUGCAUUGACGCCACCCAAAAAGGACUUGAUCGGGACAUUUAUUGCCGAUGAGGACGAAAAGAUGAUCCGCAGUCUCGAGUGGCUUCGCUACGUGGACGGCCAGUGGCCCAAGAUCUGCAAACUUGGUGCUUGGCUAUACCGCAAGUUCUUCGUUGCCGGUAAACUCGCCGCUGCUCGAGAGUUGAGUCACCGCAUGCGCUUAGCGGAGCUCUCUCAAGAGUCGUUCGGAUUCGACAUCUUCCAAUUCCCUGUCUUUGACCAUGUUGUGGCCGAAGAUUCCGCGCCUGCCAGCCCGUCCAAAUCCAAGAGGAAUAGCGGUCAUUUCCACCGCCGCAGUCUCUCUGGCAAUGGCAUUGGAAUCGCACCAGGCCCGGGCAGCGACCACUCCCUUGCCUACCAGCAGUGCAUUCGAAUGUACAAUUUGGAGACUCUGGCUCUUGGCUUCGACUCCCUCGAGCAGUUCGCCAUUGUGUACGAUCAAGUCUCGAAGUCAGUAGUAUUCUCCCGCCUCACGAAAACCAAGCGACGCCGCGAUUCUGGCACUAUGAAGAACUAUCUGCACGAGCUAGAGGAACUUUUGCAAGAAAUCGAGAUGAACGUUGGACUCAUCGUUGACGAGUGGCUGAGCACAUCCGUCAAUGGUAAGCAUUUUUGUCCGUUCAGCCUCGGGUAUUUCCAUGCUAAUCAUCUUCCAGCCGACGAAGAACAAGACUACGCAUACAUUCGCAAGACCUAUCUUCCCGAGCUGGUCCUCGACUACCACAACGCCUUGUACUACGCCAGCCACACUCUUGACAAGCCAACUCUGCUCACGCAGUGUAUGACGGUCUCGAUCUGGGUCGCGAAUGUCCCACAUCUGACCCGCGCCUUCACCGAGGCACAGCGCAUGGCCGAGCUUGUGGAUGCAUUGGCCCUGGCAAGCAAAGCUAUGGUCCUUACUGACUCGGAGGGCGGGGACCGCGUCUUUGAGAACGGCCAAACUCUGGGCAUCUGGAGGGUCAAGGUCCCCGAAGAUGACGAGUCUGACCUUCAACGGAGCGAGUAA